AUGGUUGACGCCACUAAGUUGCAUCCUGCGACUAUCAUCGCCAACAUAAAAUCAUGCAUUCCUAUUAUACUUGACUAUGAAGGGAGCCAAUACAAUAACUGGGCGACCCUAUUCAAGCUCCAUUGUCGUGCCAAUUUGGUGAUUGACCACAUCCUACCUCCUGCUUCCCUUACCGUGCCACCACCGGCACCUGGAGCUGAUAAACUUGCUACUAAGGCCAUAUGGGAACGGCUAGACGAUAUUGACAACAAAUCAGUUAAGGCUCUUGCUUUUGAUGCAAAAUUCACCAAGGUUAGGGCUCUUGCUCUUGAUGCGAAAUUCACCAACACCAAAUUGGUGGAUUUUUCGAAUGUGAAAGCAUAUUGCACCAGGCUGAAAGUUCUUGCAGACAAUCUCGCCAACGUCGGUCAAACAGUUUUCGACAAACGACUUGUGCUUCGCCUUCUGCGAGGAUCAUCGGUGGAAUACAAAACUUUUCGAACAACGGUGCAGCACUGUACUCCCCUCCCAUCUUUUGACGUUGUCCGGUCGAUGCUAGAACUUGAGGAAGAUAGCCAUGCUGAGGAUGCCAUUCAUGACUCCGGCUCGAAUGCUGCUCUUGUUUCCCACAAUGUUAAUCCUCAGAAUUUCUCCGAUAAUGGACAACCCAAUAAUUCUGAAAAUACCUUUAACAGUCGAGGAAAUUCGCAUAAUCAUGGAAAGAAGAACAACCGCGGUCGCCGGGCGACCGCGACAGCUGCGGUGGCGGCCGAAAUGGACAAAAGCAGCUGGCGGGGGCGACGGGCACAACCACCAACCGCGUCGCGGCGGCGUUAG